ACAAAAUAAUGGAAAGACAAGAUAAGGUUUAUUCAGAGAUUAGCAUGGUUGGGAGAAACCCAUCAAAAUAUGAGCAUGAAGAUGUUUAUAGGAUGCCUUUGCUAUUGGCUACAAUUUAUGAAUCUGCACGCCUUCUCCCAAGUGGUCCCAUGCUGCAGAGGUGUUCUAUGAAACACGACUUGAGAUUUGCAACUGGUGUAACCGUACCUGCUGGAGCUGUACUGGUUGUUCCUGUUCAAUUGGUACAGAAAGAUGCCUUCAAUUGGGGGAAAGAUGCAAGUGCUUUUAAUCCAUACCGAUUUCUUUCGAACAUUACAAAAGAAUCAGGUUCAGAAGAACAACUUGAUUAUGGAAUCAGCUCGUUUGUGCUAAAUGAUCCUUGUGAAAAUGCAGCAUUCCUUCCUUUUGGAUCCGGUACGCGUGCUUGUGUUGGGCAGAAGUAUGUUAUCCAAGUUGUUGCCACAUUGCUGGCAUCAUUAUUCAAGAAAUACGAGAUAAGGCUCAACACAGGCUCAGAUGGUGACUCAGAACCAAUCUCGAAAAAUCCUCUUGUCCAGCAUAAUCCGAAUUCACAAAUAAUUUUUGUGAGAAGGGACCAGUGAAAGAAACAGAAAGACAAGUAUACUAUGUAUAGAUAAAGUUGGUAUUGUAAUUCAAGUCAAUCAUGCAGGAAAACAUCUGUGGAACGUUUAUAGGUUUCUUCACACCUCGUCUUUUUCCUUUUUUUCCAAGAUGAAAGGGGAAGCUCUAUCAAUAUUAAUGGCUCCUUGCGGUCAUAUGGAAGGAUACAACUUGUGUUUAUUAACUCAAGUUUUUUUCCUUCCUAUUUUUAAUCACUACCCUAGUGUUGCCAUGGCACAUGUUUGUGUAAGUUUUUUAAGCACACAGGGUAUAUAUUGCUUCUAGGAGCCAUAGGUUUUCCUUCCCCUUCUCUGGAUAAGGAGCUCUUUCGCUUUCUUUGUUAUCAACUUUUUUACUUCGGUAAGAAGUUUGUUUUCUUGUAUCAUCUUGAUAUUUGCAGAAUAAAAUGUACUUCAUAUUUUCUGUGUCU